AUGUUUAUGUUACGAACACUGGAACAGAAUGUGAUGAUGUUUUCAUCGACAUUGACAACUUUUUAUACUGUUCAAUGGCAAUUCGGAGUAAGGGUCGCGAAAAGAUGGUUAGGCGGUGAGAUGAAGAUGAAGACUGUUGCCGGUACAGGCAAAAUUGGCUCAGCUCCGGAUGAACUCGAGCUCCCUAACGACAUCUUUGUUGAUACGAAUUCCGAUCUAUAUGUGGCGGAUACUUUGAACAAUCGAAUCCAACGCUUUUCCCUUGGUAAGAAAAAUGGUGAAACAGUCGCUGGAAAAGACUCAUCCGAUAUCACAAUUGUACUAAAGUGGUCUCUUUCAAUUAUAUUGGAUUCUGACAAAUAUCUUUUCAUCUUGGGCAAUGGAAAUCGGUGUAUUGUAGCAUCGAGUCCAAAUGACUUUCGAUGUUUAAUCGGGUGUGACGGGCGUGGUCAACAGUCUCAUCAAUUACUAUUGCCAAUUGGAAUUACGUUUGAUAUUUAUAAAAAUAUGUUUGUUAUUGAUGACCGUGGCCGAAUUCUAAAAUUUGAUUGGCAGAAAGAUUCUUGUAAGAAUGUUCCACUACUGAUCGCUGCUAACUAUCUAUCGAUACUAACACAAAACCAUACAACAUUUUCACGCACCAUUUCCCAUCAAUCCGAGUAUCACUACGAAGCCAUCGAAGUUCUUGUCGACGAGAAUGGCUUCUACAUUCUCACUGCGAACAGUAGUAUCGAUCUCUAUGGUCAUCUCUAUAAACACUAUUUCGAUAUACUCAAUCCUGCACGCAACUUAAUUGCCUGGCACGGCAAGUGUUGCAACAAAGAUCAGUUCAGAUUCACACUUGAACUUUUAACCGACACAAAAUACAUCCUGGUUGUGACAACAUACAAUCCAAAUAUGACAGUCCCGCAAGACGAUAUUUGUGACAUGGAUAAUCGAGCUCAUAUCGCAUUUAAGUUUCUAGCCGGUAUGCGAUAUGUGUUAGUUGUAUCAACGUGUGCAUCAUUGGAGUUAGGAAGUUUCUCGAUUACAUUACUGGGUAGAAACAACGUCGAGCUACGAAACAUCAAUGUUUCUUCAGCUGUUCAUUCGCAUUAUUCGUCUGAACUAACAACAAAUAGUCAACUGUACGAUAAAGAUUGUAAUAAUGAAUACUAUUAUUAUCAAACGGUGCAGCUCAUCGCAUCUGCUACUGCAUACUAUGCUUUAUCAGCUGGUAAAAGUUCUAGCAUUGACAUACAUAUUUACCAAAAUCAUUUCGACCCACUAAAUCCAUAUAAAAAUAAGAUCGAAGUCAACAGACAGUCUUGCUCGUGGAGUACUGAGGUUAAACACACUGUUCAUCUUCAGUCCAGUAUCACAUAUGUAUUGCUAGUAAUAACUUCAAGUCUGUCGUUGGCAACAUCAUUUUCUAUCGAUAUCUAUGGCCCAACAAAUAUUACUCUCGAGCAUUUCAUUGACAACUCUACUUAUUGUUAUGUUGGUGGUCCUUGUAACACUCAAGUCAAAGGUGUCGGCCUCACUCUCGACGAUAUCUUACACUUCGAAGUCAAACGACAUUGGCCAAUGUAUCAUCAAUCACUUCUCUCCUGA